ACUGUCACGUCGCCGGCCUUUCCCUUGUACUGUGCCUCCAGGCUGGACUGGCGGUUUGAGGCGGCAUGGAGGGGCCCCAGAGUUCCACCCCUGCCUCUUUGGGGCUGCUGCUGCUUCUGCUGCUGCCACUGGGCCCAGCUUGGUAUGUGGCUGCCCAACGCUGCCCACAGACCUGCAUCUGUGACAACUCCAGGCGGCACGUUGCCUGCCGGCACCAGAAUCUCACCGAGGUGCCGAAUGCCAUCCCUGAGCUGACCCAGCGGCUGGACCUCCAGGGCAACAUGCUGCAAGUGAUCCCUGCAGCUGCCUUCCAGGACCUGCCUCAUCUCACACAUCUGGACCUGCGGCACUGCCAGGUGGAGCUGGUGGCCGAGGGCGCCUUCCGCGGCCUGGGCCGCCUGCUGCUCCUCAACCUGGCCUUCAACCGCCUGAGCGCGCUGCCCCAGGAGGCGCUCGACGGGCUGGGCUCGCUGCGGCGGCUGGAGCUGGAGGGGAACAGGCUGGAGGAGCUGCGGCCGGGGACGUUCGGGGCCCUGGGCGCUCUGGCCACGCUGAACCUGGCCCACAACGCCCUGGUCUACCUGCCCGCCAUGGCCUUCCAGGGGCUGCUGCGCGCCCGCUGGCUGCAGCUGGCACACAACCCGCUCAGCGUGCUGGCCCCCGAGGCCCUGGCGGGCCUGCCCGCCCUGCGGAACCACUUCCCCUCGGUGCCCCGAGCCGCCUUCCCCGGCCUGGGCCGCGUGGUGUCGCUGCACCUGCAGCACUGCGGCAUCGCCGAGCUGAAGGCGGGCGCCUUGGCGGGGCUGGGCCACCUCGUCUACCUCUACCUCUCUGACAACCAGCUCUCGGGCCUCAGCGCUGCUGCCCUCGAAGGGGCCCCCCGCCUGGGCUACCUGUACCUGGAGCGCAACCGCUUCCUGCACGUGCCAGGGGCCGCCCUGCGCGCCCUGCCCAGCCUCUUCUCCCUGCACCUGCAGGACAAUGCUGUGGACCGCCUGGCAGCUGGGGACCUGGCGGGGGUGCCGACCUUGCGCUGGCUCUACCUGAGUGGAAACCGCAUCACCCAAAUGUCCCCCGGGGCGCUGGGCCCAGCUCAAGAGCUGGAGAAGCUGCACCUUGACAGGAACCAGCUGCAAGACGUGCCCACUUGGGCCUUGGAGGGACUGCCUGCCCUCCUGGAGCUGCAGCUCUCCGGAAACCCACUCAGGACCCUGCGAGAUGGGGCCUUCCGGCCUAUGGGCGGGUCGCUGCAGCACCUCUUCCUGAACAGCAGUGGUCUGGAGCAGAUUUCUCCUGGGGCCUUCUCAGGCCUGGGGCCCGAGCUCCAGAGCCUGUACCUGCAAAAGAACCAUCUGCGGGUCCUGCCUGCCCUGUCUGAUCUCAGCCGGCUCGAGCUCAUCGACCUCAGUGGCAAUCCCUUUCACUGUGACUGCCAGUUGCUACCACUGCACAGGUGGCUCACUGGGCUGAACUUGCGGGUGGGGGCCACCUGCGCUGCCCCUCCCAGUGCCCGUGGCCAGAGGGUGAAGGCCGCGGUUGCUGUCUUUGAAGCCUGCCCAGGCUGGGCUGCCAGGAAGGCCAAGCGGACACCAGCCUCCAGGCCCGGAGCUAGAAGAACGCCCAUCAAGGGAAGACAGCAGGGAGCAGACCAGGUUGGCUGUGGGGUGGGUGGGCCCAGGCCUUGGUGGGUGGGUCAAGUUCUGAAGCCCCCAGUGUAGCAGGGGCCCGACUUCUCUUGGUCCUGAUUCAUGUGGUUCCAGAGCUGGCAAUGACCUUGUUGCAUCUGUUCAACAAUGUCCAUUGCCCCCUUCACCUCCACCUCUGGGCUGGGCCUGGGGGUGGGUAGGGUUGUAAGGAAAGGACUAUGGGCUAUUUCAUCCUGUGGGACAGUGGCCUUUCCUGUAAGCCACAGCACACCUGUUCUGAUGUGUCCAUAAAAUCAACCUGCCAUUACUGCA